AUGCAGGUCAACAAUAGAGAUACCUCCUCAACCUUCCCAAUUCAGGGUCCCAGCCAAACUCUUCGAGAGCCACAGGCACCAUUUGCUCGUACAGCUCAAAUGGCCAUGUUUGCGCGGGUGACAUCCUAUCCCCCACUGGGACAAAUCACUCGUCUCCAACCGGCGCAGAAGACACUAAGGUCCGAAGAAGAUGCGCUGCGUUUCACGGUUAUCAUAGAGUCCAGCAGCUCAUUUCCUGAACAGCCAUGGGAAGCGCAGAUCUGGCAUAACAUCACUGGCCCCGAAUGGACAUAUCUACCAUUGCAGAGAUGCAACACAAACCAAGCAGCUCUUUUGACCGGAAAUAAUAGCGAGUAUCAUUACCACCGCUAUGUAUUCUCGGAGGAGGUAUCCCUGCCAGAUGCAGGAGGUCAUGCACAGUUCACAGUCCGAUUCAGAACUAGCCCACACACGGAAUGGCAGUGGGUUAAUCAAAGAAACAACGUGAGCGACGGUGAAAUUGUAUAUAGCGCACGCCAAUCUGACCUUGACAUGGCUAUGUCCACGGACGUCGCUGCGCGAGCUCCCAAAGAACGACUGGAGAAGUACAUCGAUAAUCUUCAUGAUGACUUGCAGAUUGAGACACGGCUUAGUGAAGCUCCUGGAUCGGUCCUCUGGGCUAUUUCUGGUGAUAUACAAGUUGUUCGAAAUGGAUCUUCAUCCAUCAAACGACUUGCGCUUGGCACCCCUUCGUCAGUGGUAAAGUAUUUCUCAUUGGUACGUGUUUCAAGCCCAUGGCUGGGUCCUAGACAUGGUAAGAAUAACUUCCGUCUUACUGAAGAUGCGAUAUUCUGCUCUUUCCUGCGCGAAGAUGGCGUGAAUCUUGUCUUACUGGCUGUUUCGGGAGUCAAUGAUGUUUUGACUAUGUUUCAGUCAGGCGAAAACGGUGAAGUUGUGAUCUCGGCAAAGAGUGACAACUCCGAGGCAUCCAAAUUCCAUGUGCUUGUAAGCGCCGCGGAGAACUUUGAAGUUGCCAUGUCUGCGGUAGUUUAUGAAGCACGGAAAGUGGUCAGGCCAUUUUCUGAUGCGAGUCAUCAGAAUCCAGAAGAUUCAGUUCCAUUAUCUCCCCCUGGCGAUGAUAUUGUCCUUGUUGAGAAAGACCCAAGUGCACAGUGGCUUUCCGAAUGGUUUGACGGCCUCACAUAUUGUACUUGGAAUGGACUGGGACAGGACCUGACCGAAGAGAAGAUAUUACAUGCGUUGGACUCAUUGAAGACUAAUGGGAUCAACAUUGUUAAUCUUAUUAUCGACGAUGGCUGGCAGACAAACGACAAUGAAGGAGAGUCUCAGUUCAAGCAAGGGUGGAAGGAGUUUGAGGCUCAUUCCAAAGGAUUUCCUAAAGGAUUGAAACAUACCGUGGAAGCCAUACGCCGGGCACAUCCCAAUGUUGAACACGUUGCGGUCUGGCAUGCCCUGUUUGGUUACUGGGGAGGUAUCUCGCCUGAUGGUGAUCUGGCUCAAAAGUUCAAAACAAAGCAAGUGAAGAUCAAAGAAUCCACCGCCAAUGGUCCCAUUGUGGGGAACCUUCCAGACGGAACAAUCGUUGCCAUUGAUCCCGAUGAUAUUAAGCGAUUCUAUGAUGAGUUCUAUACCUACCUUGCAUCUGUCGGUGUAGACUCGGUCAAGACGGAUGCACAAUUCUACCUUGAUCUUCUUGAAGAUGCAGAGGAUCGUCAGCGUUUUAUGACUUCUUAUCAAGAUGCAUGGUCUAUUGCAUCACUCAGGCACUUUAGCACUAGAGCAAUUUCUUGUGGAUCAAUGACUCCUCAAAUAAUCUUCCAUUCCCAAAUGCCCACCAACAAACCUGCACUUCCAUUGCGAAACUCCGACGACUUCUUUCCUGAUGUUGCUGCCUCUCACCCGUGGCAUGUAUUCUGCAAUGCUCACAAUGCAUUGCUCACCCGCUAUUUGAACGUAUUGCCAGACUGGGAUAUGUUCCAGACAAGUCACCCAUACGCAUCAUUCCACGCCGCAGCACGAUGUGUAUCGGGAGGACCGAUCUACAUCACUGAUGAGCCUGGUAAACAUGACCUGACCGUGCUUGAUCAGAUGACCGCACCUACCGUUAAAGGGUUCACGGUGAUCUUGCGUCCUAGUGUCAUCGGGCGCACGAUAGACAUAUACCAUGACUACAACGAAGGACAUGUCCUGCGUAUUGGAAGCUAUACUGGCUGGGCUAAAACCGGAAGUGGAAUCUUGGGCCUUUUCAACAUUCAAUCCGCCGAGGCCUCGAUUAUAGUCUCUCUGAUGGAUUUCCCAGGAAUUCACGAGGACUCCCAAGGCGAGUAUAUCGUGCGUGCACACAGCAGCGGUAAGGUCUCGCCGCGCAUGCGGCUAUUGACUCAAGACUCCUUGGUAUCAGUUGUUCUGGAGCCAAAGGGCUGGGAGAUUCUCACUGCGUACCCAACUCAGGCGUUCACGCUGACGGGAAGCCAUGGCGGCAACUCUUCUGGUGAUAGUGUGACACAUGUGGCCGUGCUGGGCCUUUUAGGAAAAAUGACUGGCGCUGCGGCUGUGGUGACUUCGGAUAUAUCUGUUGUUGAGAAUGGCCGUUUACGAAUUGAUAUCAGCUUGAAAGCGCUGGGGACUCUGGGGAUUUAUUUCUCAGAUCUUCAACAUAGAAGCAUUGCACAGAACUUCAUGGUCAUGAUUUUGGGGCGGCCAAUUCCGCAGAAUACAGUCUGGAAGCAGGGUGGAGAGAAUGCUAAUGUACUGGCAAUUGAUGUAUUGGCAGCAUGGAAAUCUAUGAAGUUGGACAGUGGAUGGAGUAACGAGGCCUUUGUACAGGUUUUUUUGGGUUAA